AUGGAACAGAACAGUGCUAGUACAUUCUACCACAAAACAACCCUAUGGAAAAGCCGCUUAAAACAAGAUUUUACUGCCAUACAGGUGGACGACCCCUUUAAUCAGAAUAUCCCAGAUACCCCACCACAGGAAGCUGUUGUGACAAAACGAAUAGUUCAAAGGUCACCAGCACAGAAUGGAAAUGGAAACAAUAGAAGACUUGAUGACCUUGUUUCUAGACAGGACCAGCUGUUGAGUCAUCAGAUGCAGGUAUCAGCACGCCAGAAUGAGAUCGCUGAUCAUCUUAAAAGCCAGAAUGACGCCCUUAACCAGGCACUUCUAAAACAGAUCCUCAGUAACAAGGAUAACAUGAUGGCCAAUCUAAGUCAUCAACAGGCAGCAGAAUGGGAUGAUCACACCAGGGACCUUUUACAACAACAUGUGAAAUACAUGGUGGCUAUCAUACAAAGGCUGAACACGGAUAUAGAGGGUAUACUGGCAGAGCUACAUGGUCGAGACAUUGCUGUUAUGGGAACAAACCAGGCAGUGAACAAACUGGAAGUGCAUCAUGUGACCAUGUUACAAGAUUUACGAGGUCGUAUCGUCAGGUGUGACAACGCCAUCGGUAAACACACCAAAGAUAUUAUCUAUCUCAUGGACGAGAUACGUCGCCUAGAGAUGGCGCUGCAAAAUAGCCGUGAAAAACUUUCUGGAGAUAUUCAUCGUCUUGAGGCAGAAGUGAUUUCAAUGACUGGAGAAUUAGAACGACAGACCACAUCUCAACGUUCUGAGUUAACCCAUCUCCGUAGCGACGCUCUUCAUAGAAUUAACAUGCUAGAAGACAAACAGAGAGAGAACAUGGCCGAGUUUAGAGAUGCCCUGGAUGGAAACAAGUCAAACAUUGAUCACUACCUAGAACGUAUGGAAGCCAAGUUUAAAGCCAUGAUUGACAAGGCCACUGCUGGAUGGGGUGAUCUUAUGAGUCAGGUAGACCGUCAAGUAGAGCAGUAUAUGAUGUCGAUAUUGUCACGUCUGAACAAACUAGAGGAGCAGAUGUCACACGACAAAAAUAGAUAUAAGGAUAUACAACAUAAUAUUGAAAACCAAGUAAUGGCCACACUUCAAGAUUCCUUACAAUACAACGACGCUGAAUUAUCUCGUGCUAAAAUGGAGUUCAGAAAGGGAUUCACUGAGUUACAAGAGAGCCUCUCAAAUAUGAAGGGUGUAGUGGAGGGGCGAAGAAAACUUAUGGGAAACCAAAUGAGCAAAGAAAUUGGACAAGUAAAGAAAGCAUUAUUUAUGGAGAUGCCUCAACACCAGAAAGAAGGAAACACGUUUAUUUUUAGAAACAUAGACAGAUCUAAUGAAUGGUAGUUACACAUUAUAGGAUGUUGAAUGUUAUGUGGUGAAAAUUGAAGAUGAAUUCCAAUGAGGAUUUUUAAGAUUCUUUCACUCAGUUGAAUUUUUUUUUUAAAUGCAUAAAACUGACAUUCUUUUACAAUACCAGUAUUGAUGAGUAAAGCAUAAUUAUGCGAAAAAUCUGUGAUAAUGUUUUAGUCAGUGAAAAAAAAAACAACUUUAUGCAUGUAGCAAACAUUUUCUUUUUUCUUCUUCAAAAUUAGAUUUUCUAGGAGAUUGAAAGACAAUUAAAUAUUUAUUGACUCUAUAAGCUGCCUAGAUUCUGUAAAAUUAUUAUGAACUACAUUCAGGAUUCAAGAUAUAACAUGAACAUGUUCUAUGAACCCUUCGUCUUAAAAUACAUGUACCAUAAAUUUACAGUCUAUACAUUAUACAGAACAAAGUACAUGAACCAUUUAUAAUGAUUUGUGACAGAUCUCACGAUCUAAGUACAAACUUUAUAUUAUGCAUAUGCAGUACAUGUAGAUGACAUAAAUGUAAUUUAUUCAUUACUUUUUUUUUAUAUUUCAAUAAAGACAUUUACAAUACAAAUAUACAAUCAUGAUCACUAUUUAUUAUUAAAUGUAAUAUUUUUAUUAAAUGUAAUAUUUAUAUAAAAAAAAAGGUCAUUUAUCGUUAAGGAAAAUAAUCAAAGGUGAAGUGAAUACAUUGUAUUUCUAUGUCUUAUUCCUACAUUACUAGUGUCUAGAAGAAAUUGAUAUUUCCAAUUAAUGAUUCAUUAAGACUCUUCACAUGCGGGCAGUAACUGAUUUUACCCAUGCAACCAGUGCAGACAAAGAUUAGUCUGAAUAUAUAUGUUGUCUGAUCAUGUGGUUUUCCCUGUUUUGAAAUUUUCCCUAAAACUGAAGCCUGGUUUAAGAUAAAGAUUGUGAUGUCACAAAUAUCAUCAAACUGAAUAGAAUAUCAAAU